UGAGUAUGAAGUAAUAAAUGUUUAAUGCUACUUUAGAACACUUCAAAUACUGAAUAAAUAAUAGGUGUAAUUAAUUACCUACUUACGUUUAAUCUGCAAACAAAACUAAAAACCCCUCUUCGUCACCAAACGCAAUGAGUGGAACGAUAGCGCAUUUAUCUGCAUCUGGAAGCGAUCAGUCCUUAAAUGUUAUUGUUGCUGACACAACCAUGAGCACAGAACCAAUGAUGGGCGAAAAAUCAAAAAAGCAAGGUGCUGCUGGGAAAAUUAAACAUAAAAAUUAUCAGGAAGAGUCCGCGCCAGUUAAAGAAGGGCUGACAACUGUGGCGCACUGUUGUAUUUUAGCUUUUGUUUCGCUUAUUUUGUACUUGUGCUUCAAAGAGCCCUUCGAUUUUUUUACGUGGCACCCAUUAUUGCUGUCUUUAGGGUGGAUGUUCCUGAUGAGUGAAGGCAUAUUGGCUCUUUCAAAGGAAAGUAUACUGAGAAAGAAAUUCAAAAUAAGUGGCUCUUUAAAAAUAUUUUUGCACUGGACCUCCCUCACUGCUGCAGCUAUAUUAAUCCUCAUAGGUUUUCUGGUAAUCACGAUAAAUAAAAACAGACUCAAUAAAUACCAUUAUACCAGUUGGCACGGGUUGCUGGGACUCAUCGCUGUGAUAACUUACAUUCCACCAUGCAUCAACGGUGUGGCUACGCUCUAUGGUAAAGACUUGAAGGCCUACUUGAACCCAAAAAUCGUGAAGUUAGUUCACGUUGUCACCGGAACAUUGUGUUUUGCUUGCGGGGGAAUAUCUCUUAUUUUAAGUGUGUACACGAAAUGGUUUGCAAGGAGAACGAAUAGUAACCUAUUCGUAUUUUUACUUGGACUUGUUAUUACCAUAUUUCCUGUCAUUUGGGUUGUACAACGACCCUUAAUUAAGUCCGUAACAAAUAUUUCCAAGAUGUUUUCCAAACAAGAUAAAGAUUAAAUAUAUAUUUGUGAUAUUUUUAAAA